AUGGUUGACUUCUCUGGUGUUUCUCUUGAGGGCAAAACUGCCAUUGUCACUGGUUCCUCACGUGGUAUCGGUGCUGGUAUUGCCCUCCAGCUCGCUAAGCGUGGUGCCAACGUUGUUGUCAACUAUGUUUCUGAGGGCAGCAAAGAGCGCGCAGAUGAAAUUGUCAAAAAAAAUUCAGAAAAUUGGCGCAAAGGCCAUUCUAUGCCAAGCUACGCAGCGCUUGGAAAUGAAGCUGACUUGAAGGAUGUUAAUGUGGAAAUGUACAACUCACACUUCGACUGCAAUGUCCGCGGCCCUAUCUUCCUCACCCAGGCCGCUCUUCCAUAUCUGCCCCGUGGUGGUCGUAUUAUUUUCAUCUCAUCUGCUGCUGCCCGUCUUGGAGUUGCUGGUCAGACUGUCUAUGCCUCUACCAAGGCCGCCAAUGAAGCACUGGCUCGCGUGUGGGCAAAGGAGCUGGGUCACUCACACGGAAUCACUGUGAACUGCGUCAACCCUGGCCCUGUUGCUACUGAUCAAUGGUUUCAAAGUGACGAGCAGUUCUUGAAGGAUAUGCAGCCUAUGAUCGAGGCUACCCCGGCUGCCCCUCGUGUGGGCGAGGUUGAAGAUAUCGCCCCCUUGGUUGCUUUUUUGUGCACUGAGGACUCUAAGUGGACCACUGGCUCUGUUUUGUCGGCGAACGGUGGUCUUUACAAUUAG